CCUUCUAUCUUGUUUACAGGAGCGCCAACAGAAGUGCGCUUAUGAAACCAAAGCAAAGCGGUCGCGCUGUUAACCCAAAUUAUCAGAGGAGAACUUGAACAACCGCGAAUGGGUUUGGACAAGUUCUGCAGUGCGGACGGUUCCGACCCGUUUUGGGAUUGGAACCGUACGUGGCACGUGGGAAACCCAGAUCUGACCCAGUGCUUUCAGAGCACAGUGCUGGUAUGGGUCCCCUGUCUCUACCUCUGGGUCUGUGCCCCAAUCUAUUUCCUGUACCUCAAAAGCCAUGACCGGGGCUACAUAUGCAUGACCCACCUCAACAGAGCCAAAACCGCAGUAGGUUUUCUCCUGUGGAUCGUCUGCUGGGCAGAUGUGUUUUACUCUUUCUGGGAAAGAAGCCAACAUGACAGCGGUGCCUCCUCCUCCACCCAGGCACCUGUUUAUCUGGUUAGCCCCACCAUGCUCGGCAUCACUAUGCUGCUGGCCACCCUCCUGACCCAGUAUGAGAGGUUAAAAGGAGUCCAGUCUUCAGGGGUGAUGCUCAACUUCUGGCUGGUGGCCGUCCUCUGUGCUACCGUCACAUUCAGAUCCAAGAUCAUACAAGCCAUCAACGAGCCGUCGACGGUGUGUGUGUUCAGAUACACAACGUUCUACAUCUACUACACGCUACUGCUCAUCUCUCUGCUCCUGUCAGCCCUCUCAGACCAGCCUCCUCUCUUCUCAGAGGCAUCCAAAGACGCUAAUCCCUGUCCUGAGAUCGGAGCUUCCUUUCUGUCCAGAAUCAGCUUCUGGUGGAUCACUGGUCUGAUAGUAACAGGUUAUAAGCGUCCGUUAGAACAGAAGGAUCUGUGGUGUCUGAACUCAGAGGACCGCUCCCAGAGGGUUGUCCCUCAGCUCGUACGACGCUGGAACAACGAGUGCCUGAAGGUUAAAAGACCGGAGGAGAAGACUCUGUACUCCCCUAAGAAGGCUCCUCGGGGAGAGAGGAAGGAGGGUGUCCCCGUAGAGGAGUCAGAGAUCCUGAUUAUGAAGACACCCCAGAAGACUAGAGAACCCUCUCUGUUCUGGGCCCUCUGUCUCACCUUCGGACCCUACUUCCUCAUCUCUUCACUCUACAAGAUCAUCCAGGACGUUCUCAUGUUCGUUGGGCCUGAGAUACUCAGGUUGCUGAUCCAGUUUGUGAAUGACUCUAGCGCCCCCUCGUGGCAGGGCUACUUCUACACCGCGCUGCUGUUCGUUUGUACCUGUUUCCAGACCCUCAUCCUGCAGAAGUACUUCCAUGUGUGCUUCGUCACGGGAAUGAGGCUACGCACUGCUAUAGUAGGAGCUGUCUACAGGAAGGCUCUGGUGAUCAGUAACGCGGCGCGGCGUACGUCUACAGUGGGAGAGAUCGUCAACCUGAUGUCGGUUGAUGCCCAGCGCUUCAUGGACCUCAUCACCUACAUCAAUAUGAUCUGGUCUGCUCCUCUACAGGUCAUACUGGCCCUGUACUUCCUGUGGCAGAACUUGGGUCCGUCGGUGCUGGCUGGCGUGGCUGUAAUGGUUCUGAUGGUGCCAAUCAACGGUGUGAUCGCCAUGAAGACCAAAACAUACCAGGUAGCUCAGAUGAAGAGUAAAGACAACCGCAUCAAGCUGAUGAACGAAGUUCUCAAUGGCAUCAAGGUGUUGAAGCUGUAUGCGUGGGAGCUGGCCUUCAAAGACAAGGUGUCAGCCAUCAGAGAGAGUGAGCUCCGUGUCCUCAAGAAGGCUGCUUACCUGGGAGCAAUAUCCACCUUCACCUGGGUCUGUGCUCCUUUUCUGGUGGCGCUGUCUACGUUCACAGUGUAUGUGAUGAUAGAUGAGAAGAACGUGCUGGAUGCUCAGAAGGCGUUUGUGUCUCUGGCUCUGUUCAACAUCCUGCGUUUCCCCCUCAACAUGCUGCCCAUGGUCAUCAGCAGCAUGGUCCAGGCCAGUGUUUCUAUGAAACGUCUGUGUGUGUUUCUUUCUCAUGAGGAGCUGCAGGAGGACAGUGUGGAGCGCAGGGCUGUAGCAGGCUGCUCAGACAGCAUCUCCAUUGAGGACGGGGUGUUCAGCUGGUCUAGAAACGACACCCCCACUCUGAAGAGGUUGAGUGUACAUAUCCCAGAUGGGUCUCUGGUAGCUGUGGUGGGACACGUUGGCUCAGGGAAAUCCUCUCUGCUCUCUGCUCUGCUGGGGGAGAUGGAGAAACUAGAGGGAUCUGUCUCUGUCAAGGGCUCUGUGGCCUAUGUCCCUCAGCAGGCGUGGAUCCAGAAUGCCACCCUGAAAGACAACAUAGUGUUUGGUCAGGAGAGGGAGGAGAGCUGGUACCACAGAGUGGUGGAGGCCUGCGCCCUGCUGCCAGACCUGGACAUCCUGCCUGCUGGAGACGGCACUGAGAUCGGGGAGAAGGGUGUGAACCUGUCAGGGGGUCAGAAGCAGAGGGUCAGUCUGGCCAGGGCGGUCUACUGCGACUGUGCUGUCUAUCUAUUGGACGAUCCUCUGUCGGCGGUUGACGCCCACGUGGGCAAACACAUCUUCGAGAAGGUUGUCGGGCCCCAGGGCGUCCUCAAGGACAGGACUCGUGUCCUGGUGACCCACGGUCUGAGCUUCCUGCCCCAGGCAGAUCUGAUCCUGGUGAUGGUGGAGGGAGAGAUCACUGAGAUGGGCUCCUACCUGGAGCUGAUGGCACGUGACGGGGCCUUCGCUGAGUUCCUCAGGACCUACGCCAACAAAGAGCAGGAAGAUGACGAAUCAGAAGAGGGGAGGGAGGAGGAGGAGGAUACUGAAGACUCUGCACCAAAGAGAGGACUGGAGAAUGGACUUCCUGCUGCUGUGAUUGGUCAGAACCUUACCAGUACAUCAGCAGUGAGGACAGAAGGAGAGGUCCUGGGGAAGAAGGCCAAGAACGCUGAGGUGGGGAGAAUCACAGAGGCUGACAAGGCCAACACCGGACGGGUGAAGUUGUCAGUAUUCUGGGAGUAUAUGAAGGCUAUAGGGGUGGUGUUGUCCUGCAUCAGUAUCUUCCUGUUCUUCAGUCACCACUUCGCCUCUCUCUUCUCUAACUACUGGCUCAGUCUGUGGACUGACGACCCAGUCAUCAACGGAACCCAGCCCAGCAGAGAGAUGAGACUGGGGGUAUACGGAGCUCUGGGGGUCUCACAGGGCAUAGCUGUGUUCUGCUACUCCAUCUCUGUCUCUAUGGGUGGUAUAUUAGCAUCACGCUACCUCCACCAGUCCAUGCUGUACAACGUACUGCGCUCUCCCAUGUCCUUCUUCGAGAGAACCCCCAGCGGUAACCUGGUGAACCGCUUCGCUAAGGAGACAGACACCAUUGACUCUGUCAUCCCAAGUAUCAUUAAGAUGUUCAUGGGUUCCAUGUUCAACGUAGUAGGAUCCUGUGUGGUCAUACUGAUCGCUACUCCACUAGUGGCUAUUAUCAUACCUCCUCUGGGGAUACUCUACUUCUUUGUCCAGCGUUUCUACGUGGCGUCGUCUCGUCAGUUGAAGCGUCUGGAGUCAGUCAGUCGUUCCCCGGUCUACACACACUUCAACGAGACGUUGCUAGGCACCAGCGUCAUCCGAGCCUUUGGGGAGCAGGAACGCUUCAUCAGGGAGAGCGACGGGAGAGUUGACCACAACCAGAAAGCAUACUACCCCAGCAUCGUAGCCAACCGGUGGCUGGCGGUGCGUCUGGAGUUUGUAGGGAACUGUAUCGUAAUGUUUGCUGCUCUGUUUGCUGUGAUGGCUAGAGAGAGCCUCAGCCCUGGGAUCAUGGGCCUGUCCAUCUCAUACGCGCUACAGCUGACGGCCUCUCUGACCUGGCUAGUGAGGAUGUCAUCAGAUCUGGAAACCAACAUUGUGGCCGUGGAGAGAGUCAAGGAGUACGAAGACACAGAGAAAGAGGCGGACUGGAGACAUGACCAAUCGUCUCUGCCUCCAGGCUGGCCCACAGCAGGCAACAUAGACAUCAGAGGGUUUGGUCUGCGAUACAGAGAGGACCAGGAACUGGCCGUACGCAACAUCACUGUAGCCAUCCCCGGAGGAGAGAAGGUGGGGAUAGUAGGUCGUACAGGAGCAGGGAAGUCCUCUCUGACUCUAGGAUUGUUCCGCAUCAUCGAGGCGUGUGAGGGAGAGAUUCAUAUAGAUGGAGUUAACAUCGCUACGCUGGGUCUACAUGAACUCCGCUCCAGGAUCACCAUCAUACCACAGGAUCCAGUGUUGUUCUCUGGGUCUCUGAGGAUGAAUCUGGACCCCUUCGAUGGCUACUCUGAUGAGGAGGUGUGGAGAGCCCUGGAGCUCUCUCAUCUCAAGAGCUUUGUGUCGGGCCUGCCGGACAAACUCAACCACGAGUGUUCAGAGGGGGGAGAGAACCUCAGUCUGGGUCAGCGCCAGCUGGUGUGUCUGGCCCGAGCCCUCCUGAGGAAGACCAAGAUCCUGGUUCUGGAUGAGGCCACAGCUGCUGUGGACCUGGAGACAGACAACCUGAUCCAGUCCACCAUCAGAACCCAGUUUGAUGACUGUACUGUCCUGACCAUCGCACACAGACUCAAUACUAUCAUGGACUACACCAGAGUGCUGGUCCUGGAUAAAGGGGAGAUGGCAGAGUUUGACUCUCCCUCCACUCUCAUCACCAAGAGAGGAAUCUUCUACAAGAUGGCUAAAGACUCUGGACUGGUCUGAGGGGCGAACGGGAGAGGACUGGCGCUUAAAGACAACAUCCCUCCUUACAGAGAACUCCUCCUCCAACCCCCUCUUCCUCUCCUCCGACCGGGAGGCUGUGCAGGGUAGAGGUAGCAGAGGGAGAGAGAGGAGAUUUCUAAGGAUUUCAAUGUUUCUGAAUGAUAAGUGUGUAAAUUAUGGGAGCACUCUACCUCCACUCCUCCCUCUCUCCCUCUCUCCACUCCUCCCUAUAUCCCUCCCUCGACUUCUCCUGCCCCUCCACUCUCUACUACAGAAUAUGUAAAGGAUUCACUCCACUAAACCUGAUGCUGCUGCUUCUCCAGGACAAAUCCCUUCCAACAACUCUUACUGCUGUUACUCCUACCACCAUCCCUCCCUCCCUUAACUAAAGACUUCUCCAGGACAAAUCCCUUCCAACAACUCUUACUGCUGUUACUCCUACCACCAUCCCUCCCUCCCUUAACUAAAGACUUCUCCAGGACAAAUCCCUUCCAACAACUCUUACUGCUGUUACUCCUACCACCAUCCCUCCCUCCCUUAACUAAAGACUUCUCCAGGACAAAUCCCUUCCAACAACUCUUACUGCUGUUACUCCUACCACCAUCCCUCCCUCCCUUAACUAAAGACUUCUCCAGGACAAAUCCCUUCCAACAACUCUUACUGCUGUUACUCCACCAUCCCUCCCUCCCUUAACUAAAGACUUCUCCAGGACAAGAUUCCCUUCAUCUUGCAGAAUUUGUCCGCUCCGGUUUGUCGUUGUGGGAAGUCAGAAGUUCGGUCAGAAGGCCAUCUGAUCUGCUCUCCUCCGUCAAACAGACUCAGAAUACCACCUAGGAUUUUUUAUUUUAUUCUAAAUGGGCAUUUUGUGCUUUUGAAAGUGUACUCUGUUAAGAGACUAUAAAAGAGUCCUUUUUGUUUUUUCUCUGCCCCAGAUUGCCUUUAUUGCCAUCAGAGGAAAGAAUCAGAAUAUUCUAAUUUCUUCUAUCCAAUGUAACUGGAAUGUUCUGAAUUGUUCUCCCCAACGGAACCAGAAUAUUCUGGUGUGUUCCUUACAACGGAACCGGAAUGUUCUGGUGUGUUCCCCCCCAAUGUAACUGGAAUGUUCUCAUCUGUUCUUUCCAAGGGAACCAGAAUGUUCUGAUCUGUUCUCUCCAACGGAACCGGAAUGUUCUGAUCUUUUCUCUCCAAUAGAACCGGGUGGACUAGGUUGAAUAUUUAUUUGACAGACAGUACAAUGUUAUCCCCACAGGGAGUGAGUGAAUGGAUAUCUGUCCAAUCACAGACACCGGCUGGAGAAACCUGUCCCAUCAGUCAGAUCCCGCCCCCCUCUACGCUGAGUAGUGAAAAAGAGAGUGAGGUCACCCACCCUUGACCUCUGCCUGGGUGGCCUUUGACCCUUGAGCUCCCAGAUGCUGCUUUCCAUAGUGCCACACCUCAAACGGCAUCCUACACCACACUUCUCUUGACCCAAGCCCUGUGUGGCAGUCUGUUGUCUGUUACCUGUAACUAGCCUAGGGAGAGACCUGGCUGGCUUUAAACCUGCUUUAUUUAAAUGAAUGUAAUACACAUUGUUAUAUCCUUCUGGCUAAAUCCAAAAUGGCACCCUAUUCCCUACAUAGUGCACUACUUUUGACCCGGUACCAUAGUGCUCUGUUCAAAAGUAGUGCACUUUAUAGGGAAUAGGGUGCCAUUUGGGCCAAAUAUAGGAUAAUUUGACUGUAGCCUUCUGCGUUCAGCAGAGACCACUUUAUCUGUUGGCACUUUAUCUGUUGGUUAGUAGGUGUUAUUAUAUUAUUGAACCUCUGGAGCCAUACGCUAUUGGGUUAGUCAGGCUGAUCAGCAAGUCUCAAUAAGGUGUUGGGUUAGUCAGGCUGAUCAGCAAGUCUCAAUAAGGGUUUGGGUUAGUCAGGCUGAUCAGCAAGUCUCAAUAAGGUGUUGGGUUAGUCAGGCUGAUCAACGAGUCUCAAUAAGGUGUUGGGUUAGUCAGGCUGAUCAGCAAGUCUCAAUAUGGUGUUGGGUUAGUCAGACCGAUCAGCAAGUCUCAAUAAGGUGUUGGGAUCAACAAGUCUCAAUAUGGUGUUGGGUUAGUCAGGCUGAUCAGCAAUUCUCAAUAAGGUGUUGGGUUAAUCAGACUGAUCAACAAGUCUCAAUAAGGUGUUGGGUUAGUCAGGCUGAUCAACAAGUCUCAAUAAGGUGUUGGGUUAGUCAGACUGAUCAGAAAGUCUCAAGCCUCAAACACCUUAGUAAUAUAUUCUCUCCAUGGACUCAUGUUACUCAUUUUCACUGGGGGGUGCGUCCCAAAUGUCAACUCAUUCUACAUUUGACCAGGGCCCAUAUGGGGGAAUAGGAAGUCAUUAAUGACCAGGGCCCAUAUGGGGGAAUAGGAAGUCAUUAAUGACCAGGGCCCAUAUGGGGGAAUAGGAAGUCAUUAAUGGCCACGGCCCAUAUGGGGGAAUAGGAAGUCAUUAAUGACCAGGGCCCAUAUGGGGGAAUAGGAAGUCAUUAAUGACCAGGGCCCAUAUGGGGGAAUAGGAAGUCAUUAAUGACCAGGGCCCAUAUGGGGGAAUAGGAAGUCAUUAAUGGCCAGGGCCCAUAUGGGGGAAUAGGAAGUCAUUAAUGACCAGGGCCCAUAUGGGGGAAUAGGAAGUCAUUAAUGACCAGGGCCCAUAUGGGGGAAUAGGAAGUCAUUAAUGACCAGGGCCCAUAUGGGGGAAUAGGAAGUCAUUAAUGACCAGGGCCCAUAUGGGGGAA